AUGAAUAGCACAGAAUUCUCGGAACCUCCGACGCAUUUAUUCAGCGACUACGUUGAGAUGGCUUAUCUAGCAAUACUCGUAAUUCUUGGCAUACCACUCAACGUAUUCAUACUCCUAAAACUCAUCAAGGACAUGAAAUAUACCCAGAAGGAUUCAGUAAAGCUAAACCCUACAAAUGCCGUGCUCACAAUAUCUUGGAUAUUAGCGUUUGUCUGUGCUCUGCCACAACUGAUCGUUUUUGAAACCUACGAGGUCUAUCCUGGCUGGUAUCAAUGCACUGAUGUAUGGCAGCUCCACAGGCACUGCGAUGUAUGCCCUAAUGAGUUAUUACAGCCAGUUCUUCUAUCCGAGUAUACAGAAAAUGCCUAUAAUAUUACGCAUUUGAUAAUCGUUUUUUGGGGACCUUUAGUGCUUCUACUGAUAUCAUACUUAACUAUAGCAACGCGACUAAUGAGAUUCUCAUCGGUGACUAACCGAUCGGAGAUGCGUGGCUCCACCUGUGCAAUAGAAUCUUCUAGCAGAAAUGGAUUGCCAAGUUCUUCAGAAGAGUAUCAAAGAAGCAGCUAUGAAGCCAGAGUAGACAAAACUUUACAAGAAGAACCAAACACUCCUCUGCUAAAAAAAGUCAACAGCCACCGUUCUCCACGAAUGAGCAAAUCAGGUAAGGUUUAUACAAAUUUACCAACUAUGUAG